AUGGAUGAAAUACCGUUUUGUAUAACAUUUGAAACUUCUUUCGAUCCUUUCAAAUCUGUUUUUGGCUCCGUGAUCGCUACAAAAAAUCGAUUAUUCAAUAAUAAGAAAAAUGGAAAAAUAUUACUUCGAAGUAAAAGUGAACGGUCGUCACCAACGAGAAAAUCCUCUUAUGUCAAAAAAAUUGUAAGAUUUUCUGAUCUCGAGCAAGCGGAAUAUGUCAGUGCGCAAACAAGUGCAAGAGAAAACAUAUGCAAUGACGGAAAUCCAGCGUCUGAAGCUUUAUGUAAAUUUUUUUGGUUACCGAAUGAAAAUGAGUUAAGAUGGUUGACGUCGGAACGAUAUGUUCAUUUGGAAAGCGUAAGGUGGUUCGGACGUGCAAUAACUGGCGUCGUUCGCGUGAAAAACGUCGCUUAUGAAAAAAAAGUUGAAAUUAAAUACACCUACGAUGAUUGGAAAACAUUUCAAAGCACCUAUGGAGCUUAUUCAGGGUCGCCUCUGUCUAGCCAGGAUCAAUUUUCUUUUUGCAUAUUUUUACCUUAUCUUCUGUUUGAUUUGCAAGUGUUUUUCUGUAUACGAUAUGAAGCUGCUGGUGCUGUUCACUGGGACAGUAAUGGUGGUGCAAAUUAUAAACUUUAUUGCAAACCAAUUGCUCCCUCAAACAGAAAUCCAUUUUUCGACACUGAUUGCUCAAUUUUCUUCUAG